AUGAGUAUUCCGCAAAGGCAAUUCAGUUACACAAACUCCGAACGAAGAGCCUCCGUGGUGGUGGGAUCUGUUGGGCGUGCCGGUUUGUUCAUACCUUCUGAUUUCAUCUCUCCAACUGGACCCAUUGGAAACGACGAUGAUGAGUUUGAGCAAUAUCAGUCCAUUUCGGACGAAUUAGACCCAGAACAAGGAAUUGAAAGCUAUCAUCCUCAGGAAAUUCAAAGAAAGGCCUCUCGCCAGUUGCUGUCGGAGGAGGCUGAAUUAUUGGCUGCUAGCAGACUGCCCAUCAGAAGGUACUCCAGCUCUGGGCCUGAUCCAGUCACAACUGGGACCUCGCCGCUUGUCAAGUCUGAUCCCGACGCAAUUGUAGAGUCCUGGGAAGAUGCUAUGGCUCAUGGAGGUAUCAAGACAACUCCCAAACUGGAACUGAAGGUACUGACCAAGUCUUCUAUUCCGCUGGUGAUAACGUUUGUCCUGCAGAACUCCAUGUCUGUGGCCUCUGUAUUCUCUGUUGGCCACAUUGGUGCUACCGAACUAGCUGCAGUCACGCUUGGAUCCAUGACUGCGAAUAUCACUGGAUAUGCUUUGAUCCAGGGGCUAGCGACUUCCCUGGACACCUUCCUUCCCCAGGCUUAUGGAGCGAAGAAGUACAAACUUGUCGGAUUGGUCUUGCAAAGAUGUACCGCGUUGAUUAUGGUGUGUAUGCUAGUGAUCUGUCUUUCAUGGUGGCUCUUUGCAGAGCAGGUUCUGGUCUCAAUGCUUCCAGAUCCUGUGAGUGCCCGUCUUGCAGCCCAGUACCUACGACUUGUCUCUUAUGGUAUUCCCGGAUACGUUCUUUUUGAGACGGGUAAGAGAUUUCUUCAAGCACAGGGUAUUUUCCAUGCCUCUUCUUAUGUUCUGUUUGUGUGUGCCCCACUGAACGCCAUCAUGAACUACGUUUUCGUCUGGAACUCUGUGGUGGGCCUGGGCUUCAUUGGAGCACCGAUCUCGGUCAGCAUCAACUACUGGCUCAUGGCAUUGGGGUUAUUCCUCUAUACAGUCACCAGCAAAUCCGAAAUCAAUCCAAUGAGGUGCUGGAACGGGUUCCAAUUUGUCAAGGCAUUCAAGAACUGGGGAGAACUGAUGUCUCUCGCGCUGCCCAGUGUGAUCAUGAUUGAGGCCGAGUUUCUGGCAUUCGAGAUCUUGACUCUCAUGGCUUCAUACCUCGGAACAACUGCCUUGGCUGCACAAUCUGUGAUUGCAACCAUGUCUUCGUUGACAUAUCAGGUUCCGUUUGGUAUUUCCAUAGCCUGUUCAACCAGAAUAGCAAACUUCCUUGGAGCAAGGUUACCGGAAUCGGCCAAGAUCUGUACCCAGGUGUCGCUGGCCUUCGGUCUGGUGAUCUCCUUCCUCAACUGUGCCUUCUUUUUGAUUGGAAAACAAUCAAUUGCAUCGUGGUUCACUAGUGACCCUGAUGUGAUUGCAGAAGUAGCCAAGGUGCUUCCACUUAUUGCGUUUAUCCAAAUCUGGGAUGCUCUGAACGCUGUGACAGCAGGAUGUCUGAGAGGACAGGGAAUGCAGAAGAUUGGCGGAAUUGUCAAUAUGGUUGCAUACUACGUCGUGGGUAUUCCGCUAGCCAUCCCAUUGGCAUUUUACACGCCUUUGAGACUAUUUGGUUUGUGGAUCGGAACAGGUUUGGGUCUGUUGAUCAUUGGAAUUGUUCAGGGUUACUACUGUCUCAAAGCAGACUACCAAGAACUUGUGAAUCAGGCCAUAGAAAGAAGCAGCCACGAAUGA